AUGACUAUGACCCUAAUGGAUGACUUUUCAUACACAGCUUACACAGCGUUCAAACUGGUUGGAGGCCCUGACUCCUGUGCUGGUCGAGUUGAGCUGCGGUACCUGAAUGAGUGGGGCACAGUGUGUGAUGCAUCAUGGGACAUGAGAGCUGCCAGUGUCCUCUGUAGGCAGCUGAAUUGUGGGAGUGCUCUGGGGGUCAUGGGAUCGGACCAUUUUGGAGAGGGGAGUGGCCACAUUUGGUCUGAUGUAUUUGAUUGCCAGGGGAAUGAGACCCACCUCUCAGACUGUGUCAUCUCCUCAUGCAGUCGAGCUUCAUGUUCUCAUGAACAGGAUGUUGGAGUCAUCUGUUCUGAUUCCUCAAAGUCUCUUCAGGAUGGCAUGGUGCGGACCACUGGAGAGAGAGAAUGUGAGGGAGAAGUUGAGGUUUAUUCCCGUCAGUCCUGGAGGAGAGUUCUGUUCAACUCUUUUGGUUUCCCUGAAGCCUCUGUGGUCUGCAGACAGUUGGGUUGUGGCUCUGCUGUAAAGUUCUGGAGCUCCCCUCCAUCCAGCAUCAAAGGCACUGAAGUGUGUCUGACAGAUUUUUCAUGCUCUGACUCAGGUCCCAGGUCCCUCAGGCUGGUGGGUUCUGGGAGUGACUGUGCAGGGAGACUGGAGAUUUUCCACAAAAACUCAUGGGGAACAGUGUGUGAUGAUUCUUGGGAUAUUGAGGAUGCCCAGGUUGUGUGCAGACAGCUCCAGUGUGGAGAGCCCCUGAGUGUCCCAGUUCCAGCCUGGUUUGGUCCUGGAACUGGACCCAUAUGGCUGGAUGAGGUGGAGUGCCUGGGGAACGAGACGUCCCUGUUGAGUUGUUCUUCAAAGAGAUGGGGACAACAUGACUGUGGACACAAUGAGGAUGUGGGAGUAGUGUGUUCAGAGUUCAAAGAGGUCAGACUUACUGAAGGCUGCUCAGGGAACCUGGAGGUAUUUUAUAAUGGGACCUGGGGUAAUGUCUGCAUGAACCAGAUGGACUCAGACACAGCCUCUUUAAUCUGCCAAGAGCUGAACUGUGGAAAGAGUGGCAGUGUUGACUGGGCCAGACCAAGAGUGGCUUCAGCUCCAAACUGGCUUGAUUUAAUGAAAUGCAGACCACAUGACGUCACUCUGUGGCAGUGUCCAUCUUCACCCUGGGGUCAGAAUGAAUGCACUGAUGUUGAAGUGGCUCAAAUUACCUGUUCAGACAGUGUGAGGCUGGUGAAUGGUGGUAAGCGCUGUGCUGGGAGAGUGGAGGUUCUUCAUGAGGGACAGUGGGGCACGGUUUGUUCUUUUUACUGGGAUAUGACUGAUGCUGCAGUGGUGUGUAGAGAGCUGGACUGUGGGGAGGCUGUAGCAGUAUUGCAUAAUGCUCAUUUUGGAGAGGGAUCAGGACCAAUCUGGAUGGAAAAUGUGGCCUGCAGUGGAUCAGAGUCUACACUGAAGAACUGUACAUCAGCAGGAUGGGGCAAACAUAGCUGUCUCCAUUCUGAAGAUGCUGGAGUCAUCUGCUCAGGUCAUGUGACCAGACUAGUUGAUGGAUUUAACUUGUGUUCUGGGAGACUAGAGCUUCUACGUGGAAACAAAUGGGGCACGGUGUGUGAUGCUGCCUUUGACCAGCAGGAUGCAGAGGUUGUGUGUCGAGAGCUGGGCUGUGGGGCUCCUGGAGAAAUUCUGGGAGGAGCAGCUUUUGGCAGAGGGGAGGGCCAUGUGUUGUCAGAUGAGUUUCAGUGUGGAGGAAAUGAAUCUGAGAUAUUCCUUUGUCCAAAAUCACCUUCACAGAAACCAAACUGUUCUCACAGUAAUGAUGUGGGACUUACAUGCACCGCUUACACAGAGUUCAAACUGGUUGGAGGCCCUGACUCCUGUGCUGGUCGAGUUGAGCUACGGUACCUGAAUGAGUGGGGCACAGUGUGUGAUGUAUCAUGGGACAUGAGAGCUGCCAGUGUCCUCUGUAGACAACUGAAUUGUGGGAGUGCUCUGGGUGUUGUGGGGUUGGAUCGUUUUGGAGAGGGCAGUGGUCAGAUUUGGUCUGAUGUGUUUGAUUGCCAGGGGAAUGAGACACACCUGUCAGAAUGUGUCAUCUCCUCAUGGAGUCGAGCUUCAUGUUCUCAUGAACAGGAUGUUGGAGUCAUCUGCUCUGAUUCCUCAAAGUCUCUUCAGGAAGGAAUGCUGCGGACCAUUGGAGAGAGAGAAUGUGAGGGAGAGUUUGAGGUUUAUUCCCGUAAGGCCUGGAGGCGAUUUCUGGUGAACUCUUACGGUUUCCCCGAAGCCUCUGUGGUUUGCAGACUUUUGGGUUGUGGCAGUGCUGUAAAGUUCUGGAGCUCCCAUCCAUCCAGCAUUAAAGGCACUGAACUGUGUCUGACAGAUGUAUCGUGCUCUGGGAAUGAGGCUCAUGUAUAUCAAUGCAGAAGCAGUCCUGGUGCAGACUGUGCUCAUUACCAAUAUCCAUCAGUCAUCUGCUCAAAUUCAGGUCCCAGGUCCCUCAGGCUGGUGGGCUCUGGGAGUGACUGUGCAGGGAGAUUGGAGAUUUUUCACAAUAACUCAUGGGGAACAGUGUGUGAUGAUUCCUGGGAUAUUGAGGAUGCCCAGGUUGUGUGCAGACAGCUCCAGUGUGGAGAGGCCCUCAGUGCCCCAGUUCCAGCCUGGUUUGGUCCUGGAACUGGACCCAUAUGGCUGGAUGAGGUGGAGUGCCUGGGGAAUGAGACGUCCCUGUUGAGUUGUUCUUCAAAGAGAUGGGGACAACAUGACUGUGGACACAAUGAGGAUGUGGGAGUGGUGUGUUCAGAGUUUAAAGAGAUCAGACUUACUGAAGGCUGCUCAGGGAACCUGGAGGUAUUUUAUAAUGGGACCUGGGGUAAUGUCUGCAUGAACCAGAUGGACUCAGACACAGCCUCUUUAAUCUGCCAAGAGCUGAACUGUGGAAAGAGUGGCAGUGUUGACUGGGCCAGACCAAGAGUGGCUUCAGCUCCAAACUGGCUUGAUUUAAUGAAAUGCAGACCACAUGACGUCACUCUGUGGCAGUGUCCAUCUUCACCCUGGGGUCAGAAUGAAUGCACUGAUGUGGAAGUGGCUCAAAUUACUUGUUCAGAAGAAGAAAGUUCCAACCCACGAAGUCAUUUGACAUGUUCAGCAUCUACAGCCCAGAGGCCAUGUUCAGGCCGUCUACCCCUCAGACUGAUGGGGGGAGAGGACCAGUGCUCUGGGAGGCUGGAGGUUUAUCAUAACGGUACCUGGGGCUCAGUCUGUGAUGAUCUGUGGGACAUGAGGGAUGCUCAGGUGGUGUGCAGGCAGCUGGGCUGUGGUCAGGCACUGAGGGCUGAUGGGAGUGUUGUCUCUGGUCAUGGAGAGGACACUGUGUGGCUGAGUAGAGUGGAGUGCAGAGGCAGUGAGUUCCAGCUGUGGGACUGCUCUCUCUCCCUGAAGAACCACACUGACUGUUCCAAAGAGAGACACGCCAAGGUCACCUGUACAGUUGUUACCAGACGGACCACGACCUCAAAGACUCUGUCUCCAGCUCCACGUCAUUCUGUUCCCUCAGCGAUAUUCCUGGUUCUAGGAACGCUGCUCCUACUGCUGGUGGUGCUUCUGGUUGUGAUGUUUUAUCAGAACAGAGCAAUGAGGAGAGCCCUUUCCAAGAGGAAACACAUGACUGUGUCUGAAGUGGUCUAUGAGGAGAUUAAUGACAGAUUCAUCACUAAAAGAACCAGUAACACUGUUCAGAGGGGGGGAAAUGAGGAGGAGAUUACACCAGAGGAUUAUGAUGAUGUCAGGUCUGUUGGAGAUGUUCAGCAAAAUGUUCAGAAGAUGGAAUAUGAAAAUGUGGUGGAAGAAACUCUCAAAGGCCAGAGAAAACUCUCUGAAGAUUACGUCAACACAACCGAAGCGACCAAAUAA